AUGUCAACAUUGACCUCAGUUAAAAAGCAGGCGGAGUUCAUUUUGAACACUCCUAUUCUAAGACAAAUAUUCAUGCCUAUCUCGAAGUCCUUUGUUAAAUACGCGGGCUAUAGAAAGAUGGGUUUGAGACAGGACGAUCUUCUAUGGGAAGAGAACCCAGUUGUUCAGACCGCUAUCCGGCGACUUCCUGCUGAUGAGUCUUAUUCUAGAAACUUCAGAAUUAUGACUGCCCAUCAACUUUCUUUGUCAAAUGAUGUCUUGCCAGACUCAAGGGCUAUCCAGCCUGAGGAAGAUGUUCCUUAUUUGACACCAUACAUUUUAGAGGCUGAAGCAGAGGCCAAGGAGAAGAGAGAGCUAGACAACAUCAAAUUAUUGAAACACUGA